UUGUCGUGAGGACUUAAAAGUUUAGGUUUCUACUUAGUCGUAACAUAAUAUUCAGGUUUCAGCCAGUGAUUUGCUACCAUUCGAAUCACAAUUAGUGAACGUUAUAAAGCGUUGUGUCAUUAGAACUCAGAAAAAACGAUCAUCUUAUUGAAGUGGAUUUAGCCCACCGACAUUUUCCGAGUGAUUGGUACUGAUUCCGGAAGCAACACAACAAAACAGCUCAAAAUGUCAGACGAUACAAAUCUGAAGCGCUCUCGUGCCUCGGGAGAGGUAUUGGACUAUCUCCUACGAGAAUUUGAUGUCAAUCAAAACCCAAAUCCUGAUCAAAGAAAAGAUAUCAGUGAGAGGACAGGGAUGACAGAAAAGGCCGUUCGCAUUUGGUUUCAAAAUCGCAGAGCCAAGCUUAGAAAGUUCGAGCGUAUGGGUAAACCAGUAAAGCAAAGUGGCCGUCCUGGUGUAUCGCCAAGAGGUGUUGUUAGUGGUCCUUCGUCUCGUUCAAACCUGCUAACUAAUGUCUCUCUCAGUGCUCUUGACCAACACUCAGAAACACCCAACGAGCUCAACGAUAAAUACUGCUUCAUUGAUUGCUCGUCACUCUCGGUGGGUUCGUGGCAGAGAAUCAAAAGUGGACAGCAUGAUCAUCAUGCCUUGAAGACUUCUCUCAUAAACCUAUCUCCGUUCACACUCGACCAGUUCAUGAACACUGUGGAUUUGAUGGUGAUUUUGUCCAAGAAAAACAAUGAGAUCAACUACUUUUUUGCGGCGAUCUCCAAUAACUCAAAAAUUUUGUUCAGAAUAUUCUACCCGAUUUCGUCGAUUAUAUCGAGCUCAUUAUUGGAGAAUAGUGUCAGUAAAGAGAGCAGUGAAUUGAGACUCAAACUAUCUCAUACACCAAAGUUUUCGGUUUAUUUUUUCAGCGGAAUUAACGCAAACCUAAACCAAUGGUCGAUUUGUGACGAUUUUUCUGAGGCUCAGCAAGUCAGCUCAGCGUACUAUGCUCCAGGGGGUACUUCCACACCACAUGUACUUGUUGGUUCCAAGUUGUCUCUUGAGUUUUUGCUUGAAUUUGUUAAGACGCAAAACGAGCAUCAAAUACCUGGCUUUGAAUCUGUUGCUCUUCACCAUUUUGAGCACGAUCCAAAAGACAGUCACUUAGACGCUUCAAACGUCAACGCCUUUGACCCAGUUCAUGCAACAGAAACAAAAGGUCAGUAUACUUUAAGCCAUAAUUCACAUGAUGCAAAUGAUUUCAGCAUCAAACAUGACGUUGAUUGGCACGAUACCCCUCGAGAUGAGCAGGAUUUUGCCAUGAAAGGUAUCUCGCCACUUGGUGACUUUCACAACAGAUCGCAAAGUCCAGCGAUGAGCCAGCACUCAAGCCUAAAUACUGAUAUUAAGUAUCUGACGGGACUUAGCACAAAGGAGUCCGAGAACGCAGGACAUUCUUCCAAGAAGCCUGAGAAUGAAUACUCCGACAUUUUCACAGACAGCCCUGAUUUUUUUAAUGCAGUUCAAACACCUGGCACCCAUCAAACCCCCUCCCAUACUUCAAUUCGUGACCAUGAUAAUCUCAUCAACAGCCCAUCCACGAAUGUUCAUUCCUUUGUCAACGACAAUGUCAACACUGACAACAUUUCCAACAGCAGAAGUGAUAAAGACCAUCAAGUGAACUUACGAGAAAGCUCCGCUCUGUCAUACUCUGCGCCUCAAUUUAACUCGUCAAUUGAGCAGCAUAAAUACGGCUAUGAUGAUGGAACUUCGCACCCGCAUGAUUAUGGGUUUGCUGCGCAAAUUCCAGCGAACGAAUUUCUGGCGCAUGAAAUACUCUCAGGGAACCAAUCCAUGCCGAAUGAUACCUCGAAUUCUGGUGCCACAACACAAACUGCCCACGAAGAUCAAUUCAUCGAUUACAAUGGCGAUGCUUAAUUUGAGGUGUUACUUCUUGGAAUCAUGCCGGAGUGCUCCACGGGUGUGUGAAGACACCGCUCGAAUAGAAAAGUUCAGAGUAGAAUCAAAUCGAAUGCAUUUCA